AUGGCAUUGGAAUUAGAAACAAAACGCCGAACAGUGCUUCGUACUGCUUUUACGACAACUGCUAAUGUUUUGGACAAUUUGUUAUCUGAAACGGUGGACACUCGACCCUGGCAACAAAUUAGUGUACAGUGGGAACUGUUACAAGUUAAGUACAAUGAGCUGUGUGUCGUGGAAAGUGCGGUGUUUGAAGCUAUGGUCGAAAAGGCUUCCGAGGCAGAAUUAAUCAGUGAGAUGGAGGCAAAGGAUAGAUACAGCACACGCUACUAUGAACUGAAGUACAAAUGCGAAGACAGACCCAGUUUAGUAAGUUCAGAGUCAUCAAUAAAAGGUAAGCGCAGUUUUAAAUUACCUCCAAUCGAAUUCAAGAAAUAUUCUGGGGACUUGAUAGAUUGGCUUCCAUUUUGGUCGCAGUUCAAAGUAGUGCAUGAUGAUCCAUCGAUUGAUUUAAACGACAAAAUAGCUUAUUUGAGACAAGCCACUGUAGACGGUAGUAAGGCCAGACGUUUAGUGGAGAGUUUUCCUGCAGUAGCCGAUAAUUACUCAAAAAUUAUAAAGAGUUUGAAGUCUAGGUUUGGCAGAGAGGAUCUCCAGAUUGAAGUAUAUAUUAGGGAGCUCUUAAAGUUAAUUUUGAGUCGAGUUUCUAGUAGUUCUUGUAAUGUUUCUGCACUAUAUGAUAUGAUAGAGAGUCAACUUCGUUCACUUGAGACCUUAGGCAUAACUGCUGACAAAUAUGCGGCAAUAUUGUAUCCCCUUAUUGAGUCAUGUUUACCGGAGGAUAUGAUCAGACUAUGGCAUAGAUCUUCACAGUUUUUAAGGCCUUCUGGUUCCGUAUCCAUGCACAAUAUCGAAGAAUAUGCAGAAGUUUCAACUUUGGAGACAAGAUUAAGUGGGCUAAUGAGUUUUCUACAAAAUGAAGUUCAAAAUGAACAAAAAAUUAAUUUAGCAACGGAAGGUUUUGGUUUAUCGACUGAAAAUAAAUCACAAAAAUUGUCUAUGGAACAGAAACGACGAACAUUGUCAGAGAAGAAAGCCUGUUUUCGAUGUUUGAAGGUGCGACAUUCUUCGAAGAACUGUAGAGCACGUUUGAAUUGUAUUUUGUGUUGUAAAUCCCAUGUUGUUUUGAUGUGUCCUGAUUUACCUGUUAACAAAAUUGAUACAUCGACCUCAAGUAUCAGCCGCUCGGAAGAAAAUAGGACUGAGGAUCAGACGCUUGCGAAUUUGAAUAAUACACAGGUUUUUUUACAAACUCUGCGAGUAAACAUAAGAAGUGCACAUGGUACUAAACAAGUAAGGGCACUUAUUGACACUGGAUCGCAGAGAACAUAUAUUUUACAGCGUACCGCACAAGAAAUGGGUUUUUCUGCUAAAGGAACGGAAAAUAUCGUACAUACGUUAUUUGGCGGUAAAAGUACUUCUGAACAACGACAUAAAUUAUACAAGGUAACUACGAGUGAAGGAGCUUACUCUUGUUCAUUUGAUGCCUUAGAUCAACCAAAAAUUUGUGCAGAUGUCUCUCCUGUUUAUCACGGCCCUUGGGUUGAGGAACUUAGUGACAUGAAUAUUUCGCUCAGCGAUGUCGGACAUAUAGCACCAAUUGAGAUUUUGUUAGGAGCUGAUGUUGUAGGCAAAUUGUAUACAGGAAGGAAAUAUCAGUUACAGUGUGGUCUUGUAGCAGUUGAAACUUUGUUAGGUUGGACUCUUAUGGGCAAGGUGCCGGCAGUUGCUUCUAAUUUCAGCACAUCUAUGAUGUCGAUUGCGUUGUUUGUUGAUAGUUCUUCUGUGGCGAAACUCUGGGAGCUUGAUAUUAUUGGGAUAACCGAUCCUGUAGAAAAAUUGACACGAGAGGUGGCGGCCAAGGAGGCUAAGAAUUUUUUCUAUGAGACUAUCCGAUGUGACAACGAAGGUAGGUAUGAGGUUAUGUUACCUUGGUUGAACAAGCAUCCUUUAAUUUCAGAUAAUUUAGUUGUCGCUAGAAGAAGGUUAGAUACUACUUUAAAUAAGUUGAAAAAGUCAAAUUUGUUUGAAUCGUAUAAUUUAAUAUUCAAUGAGUGGUUGAACGAGGGUGUGAUCGAAAUAGUAAAUAAUCCCGAAGAGAAUAAUUGUGUGCACUAUUUGCCUCACAGGCCCGUUAUUAAAAAUACUAGCGAAACCACGAAAAUUAGGCCAGUCUUUGAUGCAUCAUCUCAUGAACAGGGUCGUCCUUCUUUGAACCAGUGUUUAGAGGUAGGGCCUAAUCUUAUUGAACUUAUUCCUUCUGUGUUAUUACGGUUCAGACAACAAAAAAUAGGUGUUGUGUCGGAUAUUCGAAAGGCUUUUCUUCAAAUUUCUGUACAUUCGAAGGACAGAGAUUUUUUGAGGUUCCUAUGGGUAAACAAUGAAGGAAAGGAAUUUGUAUUUCGACAUAAGAGAGUUGUUUUUGGAGUCAACUGUAGUCCAUUUCUUCUGGGUGCUACUAUAGAAUUUCAUUUGAUAAAGGCGCUGGAGAAGUGUUGUAAUGAUAUGCCGUACUCUAAAAAUACAAUUGAAAGGCUUAUGAUUGGGUUCUAUGUAGAUAAUUGUGUGACUAGUGUUACUGAUGAGAAUGAGUUGAGAAAGUUCGUAUCAGAAGCAACUGCCAUCAUGGAGGAAGCUAAGAUGGAUUUGAGAGGUUUGUAG